UUUUGUACGUUCCAUCAGUUACCGACUGGGGCUGCUUGGCGACGGUACUAUUCGUGGCGCUGGGUGAAGUCCGUGCGUUGUUGUUGGGUGGAAGCCAUUCAGCUUUGAAUGGUGUCGAGUUUCCUCGUGUGCAAGGAUUGACCAUAAAGUCAUAAAAUAAAAUCAAAAGCGUGAUUGAGAUUCUGUGAUUUUCUAUGUCUGUCGAAUUCCAGCGAAGAGUGAAACACAUGUGCCGAGGUUCUUUCCGACAUUCCAAGUGAAAAAUCCUGCUCAUUAAGUUCCAACAAAGAAGUGCAAAAGGCCAACAUCUAUUGUACGUGCGCGUAUCCUUGCUAAUUCUGCAUCCUGUUGAGUGUUUGUGUGUGUUGGUGUCGAGUGCCCAAGUGAAAGUAUCCCUUCCGGGGGAAAACCCAAGUUGGGUCAGCUUCCCAUCUGCAGGUAGCAGACAAACCUCCUGGAUACCGUGUGAAGUGUGUGGAAACAAUUUGAAAGUGAAAAUUCUUCCCUUCUGUGAGGAUCCUCGACUUCUUGACCCCAGCACCACCCGGCCGGCGGCACAAUGACCAGCGUUCAACUGUACAAAUCGCGCACAUUUGUGCUGGUGUGGCAUCUGAUUGCCAUCGGGCAGUACUACUAUGCGAUCUACUUCGAUCGGUACUUCGUUAAGAUACCGGAGGAUCUGAACAUCCCGAAAAUGAUGCGGCCCUCGGAGUACGGCGGACGGUCCAAGUUUUUGACCUACUGGUGUUUGAUUCUCCAAGCGAUCUACUUCACCGUAUGCCUGAUCAACGACUUCAUCGGUACCAAUGAGGUGGCCCCACGUAAGACACCACUCAUCCGGAAACUCAAGGACUACAUGCUGGCCGCGUUCGCCUUUCCGGUGGCCCUCAAUGUGGGAGUCACCUUCUGGACGCUGAUGGCCAUCGAUCGCGAACUGGUCUUCCCCAAGGCGCUGGAUGCCGUUUUCCCGGGCUGGCUGAACCACGUGAUGCACACUAACAUCGUGAUCUUCAUGAUCCUGGAGAUCUGCACCAGCUUCCGGCAGUAUCCAUCGCGCAAAGCCGGCCUCGCCGGGCUGGGUAUCUUCAUGGCGUGCUACCUGUCGUGGUUGCACGUCAUCCGGCACUACGGCGGAAUCUGGGUCUACCCGGUGCUGGACGUGCUGAAUCUGCCGCAGCGUAUCGUGUUCUUCGCCGUCAGCUUGGGCUUCUCCGUUGGGCUGUACCUGUUCGGAGAGUUCUUCAACAACCUGAUCUGGACCAAGGAGCUGAAACAGCUGAAGGCGGGCGCCGGUGCCAGUAAGAAGACCAAAUAGAGCGGGCCUUUUCUGACACAUUUUGUGCAAGCGUGUGUAGUAGUCGUUGUUGUUGAUGCAUGGACGAGACCGAAGCGAAGCUUGCGAUCGUUCGGUUGUUUCCAGUUUUUUUUUGCGAUAGAGUUGUCAUUUUCCAUUUGAUUUAGUCACAUCUAACCUUCGAAUAGAGACCUGUACUUUUCAUUUUCUCUAACAUUGUCGUAGAAGCUUUAAUCAAUUUAUACAAUUAAGUGCGAUUUUCCAUGUUUUUGAACCAUUGGUUUAACCCAGCAUCUGUGAUUCGUCCAACUAAUAGUUGCAAUGCAAUAAAUACAUGAUUAUCAGUUUA